AUGGUUGUUUUAAGUAAAGCUAAGUUAACUGAAGUAGCUAAUAGUACUUUAUGGAAUCCACAAUUUGAAAGAGAUAAUUGUGGUGUUGGAUUUGUUGCUUCAAUUAAGCAUGAAUCUAAUCAUAAUAUUUUAAAAGAAGGUAGAACAAUGCUUGAAAGAAUGGCUCAUCGUGGAGCAUGUGGUUCUGAUAAUGAUUCAGGUGAUGGUGCCGGUGUCAUGGCUGCAAUACCUGACAAAUUGUAUCGCAAAUCAGUUAAAGAAACUGACAAUAUUGAUCUUCCACCAUUUGGUCAAUAUGCAACUGGACUUUUAUUUUUGGAUAAGGAAACAUAUAAACAAGCAAAAGAAUCAUUUGUUGAUCUUGCUCGUGGUUCUAAUAUUAAUGUUAUUUGUUGGAGAAAAUUAAAAACAAAUUCAAAUGCUAUUGGAUCAGAAGCUUGUAAAACUGAACCAUGUAUAAGACAAGUUUUUGUAACAGCUGAUUUUGCAGAAAAUAAAGAAAAAUUUAAUACAGCAUUGUAUGUUCUUCAAAAACAAUGUAUUAAUAAUAUGGCUAAACAACAAAUUGAUUUUUACCUUUGUACACUUUCUACAUCAAUAAUUGUUUACAAAGGACAAUUUUCACCAUAUCAAUUGUAUGAAUAUUAUAGUGAUUUAACAAAUCCUGACUUUGAAACUCAUUUUUCACUUGUUCAUAGUAGAUUUUCAACAAAUACCAUUCCAACAUGGAGUAGAGCACAACCUAAUAGAAUGAUAGCACAUAAUGGUGAAAUUAACACUUUACGUGGAAAUAAAAAUUUCAUGCAUGCUAGAGAAGGUGUAAUGUCAAGUGAAAAACUUGGUAAAGAUCUUUAUAAAUGUUAUCCUGUAAUUGAACCUGAAAUGACUGAUUCUGGAUGCUUUGAUAAUGUUUUAGAAUUUUUAGUCAGAGCUGGUGAUAAAAGUAUUGAUGAGGCAGCAAUUAUGAUGAUACCAGAAGCUUAUGAAAAAAAUGAAGAGAUAUCUAAAGAAUUGAAAGCAUUUUAUAGAUAUACUGAUAUGUUAAUGGAACCAUGGGAUGGUCCAGCUCUUGUGGCAUUUUGUGAUGGUCGUUAUAUUGGAGCUAUUCUUGAUCGUAAUGGAUUAAGACCAGCAAGAUAUUAUCUUACAAAUGAUGAUUAUAUCUAUCUUUCAAGUGAAGUUGGUGUUAAUGAUAUUGAAAUUGAAAGAAUUAUUAAAAAAUGCGGGAUUUCUGUUUAUUUUAAUAUCAUUUCUUGUUUGUUAACAAUAACACUAAUAGAUGUAUAG